AUUUAGCAUCUACAAUAUUCUUUCGGAAAAAUUUCCCCGCGUAAUAAAAGAAGUGCGCGCAUCUCUUAGGGUUGCUCUUUGAUAACUUUUUUCCCUCUGGCAAAAGGACACGCCUGUUACGUCAUAAAAGAAGAACAAUAAUAAUGGUACGCGGAAAUAAAGUGUCGGAAUAAAUGAUUCUAAACCGUACCGCGACUCUUCCAGCUCCCCUACUCAAUGCGUACUUGACACACGUAGAAUUGAGGAAAAAUAAUUUUGGGAGCUGUUGUGAAUUGCUGCUUAGCAUGAUAGCGGCGUCGAUGCAGAAAUUCAGAUUUUCGUGGGAGCUUCGAAUUUCGUAAAACUCCGAAUAAGGUUUUGCAUGGCCUCCGACAUGAAAUGUCUUCAGAACGGAUGAUAGAAUCUCGGAGGCCAUAAUUUUACGCCACUGCUUUUCCAUCAGAGAAAGAGAACAAUCGUUCCGCAGUCCAACAUGUUUGGCACAGAGGCUGUGGCUGGGUGCGAGCGAACUCCAAAAAGGAGAGUUUGCUGUUGGCUAGUUGGGACAUAAUGCUAAGUACAAAAACAGUCAAAAAAAAAAAAAAAGACUUGCCUAGUGACACCUUUAUUUAUGCCAGGUGGCGCAUGCCCACAUUCUCAAUCAACGUGUAUAGCGUGCACGUACAGCUCGUAUGUCCAUGCGUAGGAAAAAAAAGGAAAGAAAAGAUGUGCCGAUAAAGAAAAACUUUCCCGUGGAGAGCGAUCCCAUCUGAUUCGGAAGUGAUGGCGACGGCCAGUGGCAGCGGAAUAAGGCACGGUUCUUCUUGGGUACAGAGGAAGAUCAACCUGAGGCCACAACAUCGGGGCGGCCAUCUGAUAACGGACGAGGUUGUGAAACAAGUGCCAGAGAUUUCCCAGUUCGCCGUCGGCCUCUUUCACAUACAGAUUAUGCACACAUCUGCAAGUUUGGCAUUGAAUGAGAACUGGGAUCCAGAUGUUAGAGAUGAUGUAGAGAACUUCAUGAAUAAAUUAGUACCAGAGAAUUUACCUUACCAGCACUCCUGUGAAGGCCCUGAUGACAUGCCUGCCCAUAUCAAGGCUAUUCUAUUUGGGUCGAGCCUGUCCAUUCCGAUCACGGAUGGCAAGCUCAACCUGGGAACCUGGCAGGGCAUCUGGCUCUGCGAGCAUAGAAACAGGGCAGGCUCCAGGAAAGUGGUAGUGACAAUCAAUGGCUCCUUGAAAGACUGAAGGAUAGAGUGGCGUGAUGACUACGCAGACUGUGCCCCAAGGCAGCCACAAGAUGCUGUUUGUGGGAUUGCAGUGACUGAGGGUGAAAAUUGUGCAGUAGCUGUGCCAGGGCAGUGCUGAAGCAAAAAAAGCCCGUGGAGUACACAGCCUUUCACCACCAUCGCGACAAAAGUGCAACCACUGCCAUGGAUGUCAGUGACCAGCGAUGGCGUCACCCUGGGCUGCUUUUCUGCAGGCACUGAAGAAACUUGAAAGGAUAUUUCUGUAUCCCUUGUCAUCCAGCUUCUCACUAUCAUAGUUACGUUCCUUUGUCACUCUUAAUUUUUCUUUUCUUUUUUCUUGUUUGCACUGAUGUUUGUUGAUCAUUGGUGCUAAGUGCUCUAGAGCCGUUCACAUUGCUCUAACAUUUGAGCAACUGUACUGCCUUAAUGCAAAGUAACAACUUGUUUAACAAGCAUUGAGUCGUCAUUCUCUCUGAUGUUUAUAUUGUGUCAAUUUUAAAGCUAUGAUUUUUAGAUGUGGCACAUGGCAUUAGCAGCUCAGUUAUACUAUUAGAAUAAUUUUUCUUCCUCCGAGAAGGGAUAUUGUUCUGACUACAACCCCUUUCUAUCUGCAGUUUAGACGCAUGCUCCAAGGGCAAGGUCAGUGGUUAUUGAGAUGUCCAUCUGUUCGAACACUUUUUUGCCCCACAACCACUUAGGUGUACCUGUUGGAACCUGUGGGUGCAAUUGGGAAUAGAUGGACAGCUCUAUGUGACCUGCACGCCUGUGUAUAGUGCUACUGCGCAAGAAUGUUUAUUGGCAUUUUUUUUUCACAACUCCUUUACUUUACACAUUCCACCUGCUGCAAUGUUGAGGAGCCACUAGAUUUAGACCUUUCGACACUGACGUCACUUCCGCGCUGCAAAUGCAGGCUUGUAAUUAACCGACCAUGCUAAAUGUGUACAUAACUUCUGAUAGCACGGUCACUAAUUUCCGAAAGUUAGUAGGAUGCUCCGGUUGAGUCAUUGAAGUGACACACCAUGGUUGUUGCUUACAGUACUAGUCUCUCAGUCUCUCUUUCUCCCGUUUUGUACCACACAGUAAUUUCAGGGUUGUGCAAAAUGAUGAUAGUUGUUUCCAUGGACGGAGCCUCGACGGCUGUGUGGCUACCGGUGGCCAUUCUCAGGCCACAAAAAUUUAGCGCAUUUCUGAGGACCGAUCCCACUUAGUGUGCACUUGGAACGUUUGGCCACAGUGCCCCUUUGCUGUAGAACUUGUGAUGGUCUGACGCAUUUGGUUGUGCUGGGCAGACGACUAAGUGAGGAAUGCACUUUCCGUGCAAGGUGUCUGCAAAGUCCUGCCAUUACUUUUCUACUCUGCUUACUAGAUGCCCUCGUGCUGAGCUGCAUGUACAUAGUGUGGUCAGAGUGGCACAUAGCACAGGACUAGUGUACUUUGUUUUGGGCAAAUUGUGUCAACGCCAAGCUUUGGUUGAUUUUGGUGCCAAAGCUUGGUGCCCUCUGAAAAUCUUUCAGGUCCUUUUUGAGACCAUUGCGGGAAAUGGACACAAAUACAGCCUGUGUCUUUUAAAAGUGUUGGAAAGCAGGAGUGAGUGUUGAGAUUCCUUGUGGAAUUACAUUGCAUUUUACAUGGCUUGUGCAUGAGUCAUGUAAAAAGUACCUGCAGCUCUCAAGCUUUGUUCAAGGACAUUUGCUGUUGCACAAGGGGAAAUGUGGCGGUUCAUAAAACUAGUUGCACAGAUGAAAACACUGCUGUUCGUUAUUGUCAGCCCCCCCCUCCCUUUUUUUUCAUGUAAUAUGGGCUCGGCCUUUUUGAUAAUUAACAUUUGCAUGGUGCUUAUUAUCUGUGUUGUUGAAAAGUCUUUUUUUUUUCCUGUUUCUGAAUUCGUAGACAUCAUGCUGGAACAAAACUGCUGUAAUAUCGAUAUACUGUCAGGCUGUAAUUUAGCUGCAAUAUUUAGGUGCUAGCUGUUUCCUUGCCAUCAGCAGCAAAUAUAAGCAAUGAACAUACAUGGGGCUUGCAAAUGUUAGUCUUGAAAUGGUCUUGUAUUGGUUACCAGUAGAGACUGGAUGUUACAAGGCAAUUCUGAGGGACUUAGAGCAUGCAUUUUCUGUUAAAGUUCACAAGGGGAAUGUGGCAGCUCGUAAAACCGGUCGCACAUAUUAAAACAUUUGUAAGCCUGAAUUGUUGGGAAAAUUGAUGCUUUCUUAUAAUGACUGAGUACAGAACACGAGAUAUGACAUGUACAAGGAGACAGCAGUAGUAUCUACUCAUAUACAAUUAUUUGUUAAAAUUUUCGCAUUGGUUAAACUUCUAUCACAUUUGCUCUGGCAUGAAAAGAGGCAAAGCAGACAUUAUAAACAUUAGAACAAGAAGUAUUGUGAGAAGUUCAGAUGGCUUUUGUCUUUGGAAGGAAGCAUUUAUAAAAACUGCCAUAUGGCCAUCUUGAGAAGCGUUAGGGUUAAGGACAGUUGCUGCAACAUUCUAAGUGUCUUAGCACGUACAACCUGCCAUAUAGCAUAUUGAUGGCAUGAGCAGGCAUGGUGUGUUAAUUUACCUGCAUACAGAAAAAAUUUAUAUGUGCAAAAAUUGUCACAAGAAAGGUACAUUACCAGCUGGCGCUACCUUACUAUCUCUACCAUACACUUGUUUUUUAUGAAGUAAUAUCCAAAAUAUGUGUGUGUAUUUGCAUAUCUGAAAUACUUGCUUCUGAAACAAUUUUGUUUGUAAUCAAACUACCUGGAAGUGAAUAUUGGCUGCAUCAACAUCCCUUUCUACUAAAUAUAAUUGCUUAACUGAUAUUUUUGUGAGUGAUGUCUGCUGUGGAGCUGUCCAAUUUCUCUGGUGACGAGCCAUAGGAUGAACAUACGCACAAAAUGGAACAGCAGCAUGCUAAAUUGGACUAAUGCUGCAAUUUGUGUAAUAUGUAAAAACAGCUUAUCGAGUCCUGGAAAUUUUUUAUCUCACAUAGACAUUAACUACUUUGCAGAGUUCUUGUUGUCCUUUAAAUCAAUUCAGCUAUAACAUUGGGAAAAAAUAAACUAUAUGAAGCUUUUCUUUUUAUGGGGGUUCAUGGGAAUCUGUGGGCAGCCCUUUUCAAAAACUUCUUUAAUUGAAGCAGCGGUUUUAUGGCAAUUUGCAGUUUAAUUGCAAUUCAUGCAGCAAGUUGAUAAGUGACAAUUUGCUUACAGCUCUGCAAGCCAAAUUUUGCUGUAGCGUAAAUUUACAUAAGUGAAAAUAUAUCUAAACACUGCAAACCAAAGUAGCCAUUAAAUGUUGUGCACCUCUGUGCAGCAGCUGGCAGGGUUCUUUUUGACAGAGAAACAUGACUCUUAAGAAGAAAGUGCAAUGCCACUGUAAGAUGUGAUACGAUGCUGCAUCAUGCUUACAGUGCAUCGCACUUUGUUUGAAAAGUUCUGAUGGCACCUGUAUCUCAUGCCUUGACUCAGCUUGCCACUGUGUUUGGAAACUUGUAUAAAGUGCAGUUGGUGCAAAAAUGAGAAAAGAAAAAAGGUAUGUUUUGUUUCUCCUGAUCACAUGGGUUUCCGAAGAUGUCGCACAUAAGUUAGCUCGGAAAAAUCUCUUGAUAUUUAAUGUUUAAAUGCUCCCAGUGAUUGACAUUGUCUGGCUUAAGUGGUAGCAACUGUGCACCCUGUCGACUAUGCUGACUUAGUCGCACCUCGAGGUGUCUACUGUGGCCUCCUUAUUUCCACCACCUACAAAGAUUAAUGUUUGAUGCACAAUUUUCUUCUGGUACACAUGCUGUAGACCUGACUGUGCUUAUUUGUUUGUCUUCACAGUGAUACUUAUCUUGGAUGUAGUUUCCUAUUGAAAGUUUCUGUAUGCAGUGUUUACUUGUGUUUGUACAGUAAUUGUGCAGAAUUGAUGUGAAAUCUGCAUCAUUUUCAUAUGAGUAAAGAGAAAGCAUAUGAAAUCAAGAAUGUAUGUAGAAAUGCAUGACUAGAGCUCAUUGUAGUGUUCUGUCAUGACAUGGAGAAGGUAUAGAAAAAUUUGACGCAGCUGAAAUAUGUAAUUUUGUUUGGUUAAGAAAGCUAUGUGAUUUGGCAGCAGCCAUUAUGCAAUGUGCAAUGUGUAUAAACUGGUGUGGAUGGUAGGAGGUAGAGCCUGUGAACGUAGCUGUAGCUUUUGGGAAGUGGGUGGGAGGGAAAGGCUCCUGAAAUGUUUUGUUCAUUGUUCCAUGCAAAUUUGUUGCUCUGCUGUAUUGCUGCACUGUGCAAAAAAUACCUCGUUAAAUGAGCUACUGUUUCCUUUUCUAGCCCAUUUGGGACAUUAUUGAACGAAACGAAUUUUCAUUCCUUACUGUGCUCACAAUUUACUAGUGCAACCGACCUCAUCUGUUGUGAUACCCUUGUGGAUGUAGUGUGUUAAAGCACUUCUUGUUUGUCCUUUUGGUCUGUCAUGGGGCACAUAAUUUUUGCCAUCCACUUCACAAAGCACUGAAGAAUUAAACACUACAUUUUCAUCAAUCCCCAAAAUGGCAUUGGUCAGUCAGAUCAUAGGUAAUAGAUUCUGACUUAUUAUUAUACCUGAAGGAUUAAAUAAAAUAAAUACAUGCUCAGGUGCUUCUGAAUUAUAUGGGCUUCGUAAGGCUGAAGUAACCAAACGGAAACUUGCCAAUAUCUUUCUGUUCUAUCAUGCCUCUUGAAUGACAAAUGGAAGCAGUGUUGGUUGACUUUCAUGUGUUGCACAUUGCAUAUAUUCAAGUCAUGUAUUCAUGUUCAUGAGGCUCUCCCUGGUGGGUACUUGCUUCAGACAAAUUUCAGAGGCUGCUGGCUUUUUACGUGAGCACAUCGUGAAAUUGUAGCCAUGCACAUUUUAUGUAAUUUCUAUCAGUUCUUGUGUCCUGUCAAGCAUUUCUUUCCCUUCACACUUAUUGUACUUCAAUGCUGCAGCUCACAGCACAGUCACAGCCUCGCUUCCCAAGCCCCGUACAAGCUCUGAUGUCCGGUUGCCUGCAUGUGGCAAUGAAUUCACGAUUGCGAACUGUUUUGCAGGGAGGACUGCCUCCUCUGGCUGAAUGAAAACAAAACAUAUCAUUUUAAGGAUGUGUUCCAGAAAUUUGCUGUUAAAGCUUGCUGAUUUCUGCAUGUGAGCACAGUUUCUGAGAUGUGUGUAGAUCCUGUACCUUUAUAAUGUGGGGGCAUGUGUCAGUGUGCAUGUGUGUAAGACGUAUGUUGGUGCAGAGCCACCUUCUGUUUCUUCUCCCAGAGUUUUCAGUGUAGUGCAUAAAAAAUAGCUGAGAGAGAGAGAGGGACAGUUCAUUGUGAGGUUGUUACUUGUGAGAGAGGGAAAGAAGGAAAAGAGGACAGUAAUCCCAAUGGUGCCAACGGUCGCUGUUCUGUGACCAACAGGCAAAUGAUGACUGACAUGCUUUUCACUGUUGUUCCUACCGCCUCCAUGUUCUGGCUUCCCUUUGGUUCGAUGCCGAUUUCUUAUUGCUACUCCUGUAAUAACAAUUUUUGCUCAAGACCCAAAGGACGCGGAGGCGUUCUUAUUCAUUCAACACAAGCAAAUGAGGUCUUUUAACCUGUCUUCCUACGAGACCUUUUGCUGUUACUCUCGGGAUCUCUCUUUUGUUAAUAAAGGCUCACAGGCAUAAUUCUCAA